AGAUCAACGAUUGAGAGAGAGGAGAUCAUGGAACGAGAGAAGUAUACGAAGAGAAGCUGAGGCGUGGGAAUCAUGAUUAUGAUCCGACAAUGAAUCCUGGUCUUGGUUCUGCUCGGAGAAAGGAGAAUGGACCAUCACUUCAGUUCUGCAUGAUGCUGCUGCUGUGGCUGGUUCUGGUAUUGGUGGCAUCUGAGCUUUUUGAUCUUGUAACAAUAUUUGAUAGGUUAUGCACUUCCCAAGUUUGCUCAGCUGACAUUUACUUCCUAUUAUGCAUCUUCAAGUGCUUCACAUUAUGGGAUCUCUAUGCUCACCCGCCAUAUCGAAUAAUCUCAUAUCUCUUGAACUCUGAAAGAAGAGGUGAAAUGAAGUCAUGCACAGAUAAACAAGAAUCUAUUCUACUAGCCUGGCUGAGCAGCUUAUCAAGUCAUAUUCUUGAGAACCAAUAAUGUUAAUUAUUCGACAUAGUUACAUAAUGUAACUAUUACAACGAUUAUUUACAAUAUCUUCCUGGUUCAUUUUAUAAGCAGUCAUGUCACUACAUGAACAAUGUCUUCUCAGUGGCUACUUUGUACAUAUGCAAGUAGAUUUUGAAAAUUAGUAUAUAAUAAGCAACCAGAGUCUGAAGGACUAACCACUUGGUCUAUAUAGAUAGGGUCGGUGUAACUUUAUAGU